AACAGUCCUCUACGCGUUUCAUUUGGGGUCCAAUCCCAAUCCCAUCACCGUCCUCCACGCUCUAAAACCGACCUCGCCAGCGCCACUAUAAAAUCUCAUUUCUCAUCUCCAAAACAAAACAAAACAAAAAUCUGCAAAAACAUUUCUCAAAUUCAUGGCUCAAAGAGAUAAAGAAGAAACAGAAAUGAAGGUUUCUGGAUCCCUAUCACUUUGCAUCAACAAUUGUGGUUUCUCAGGUAAUCCGGCUACCAAGAACAUGUGUCAAAGUUGUUACAAGAUUUCCACCGGGAUUGUGUCACAACCGGCUCUGACGUUUCCCGGCAAAGAAAAGGCUAGAUCUCGCUUUGUGAGGUUGCCGGAGCGAUCGGAUUAUCAACGACGAUAUCUGAUUACACAAGAUAAGAAAGAAAUUGAUGAUGAUGAUGAUAAAGUCAAGAAUGAUACGGCAAAAAUUAAGGUUAUUGAGAAGAAGCAGGAGGUGAAUCGAUGUUCAGGUUGCCGGAGGAAAGUAGGAUUGACCGGAUUUAGAUGUCGGUGCGGUGAUAUGUUCUGUUCGGAACAUAGAUAUUCCGAUCGACAUGAUUGUAGUUUUGAUUACAAAGCUGCUGGUAGAGAGAGUAUUGCUCGUCAAAAUCCUGUUGUUAAAGCUGCUAAGAUUAUUAGACUCUAAAUUCAUUUACAAAAAUAAAAAUUCUUGUUGAAAUUCAAAAUUUUAAAUGAAUGCGAAAAAAAAAAUAAAAAUUACUCAGCUUUGAAA